UUCCUUUUCUUUCUUUCCUUUCCUUAUCUGUUGGUGGGGAUUUUGGAGGGUUGGGAAAGGGAGGUGGGAGAGGCACAUCAUUCCUGAAAGAGAGAAAAGGAAUAUCCAAGAUGAAUUCUGUUCCCACAGCUGACUGGAACGUGAGCAUGAGCAGCAGGUGGAACAUAAGCCUUGCUGCGGCGGGCGAUUCCUGGGAACAGGGACUGGGAGCACCAGCUGGAAAUGCUUCUCUCUCUGUAGCAUCCUCAGCAGCCAACUUCUCCAAUCAGUUUGUGCAACCCUCUUGGCGCAUUGCUCUGUGGUCUCUCGCUUACGGCGGUGUGGUGGCAGUGGCUGUUUUUGGAAAUCUCAUUGUCAUCUGGAUUAUCCUGGCUCACAAGCGCAUGAGGACAGUGACCAAUUACUUCCUAGUGAACCUGGCCUUCUCUGAUGCCUCCAUGGCUGCUUUCAAUACUCUCAUCAACUUCAUCUACGCGCUGCACAGCGAGUGGUACUUUGGGGAGGCUUACUGCCGCUUCCACAACUUCUUCCCAAUCACGGCUGUCUUCGCCAGCAUCUACUCCAUGACAGCAAUAGCUGUGGACAGAUACAUGGCCAUUAUUGAUCCCUUGAAACCCAGACUCUCUGCAACUGCUACCAAAGUGGUCAUUGGGAGCAUAUGGAUUUUGGCUUUCCUGUUGGCCUUUCCCCAGUGCCUAUACUCCAUUACCAAGGUGAUGCCUGGAAGAACUCUUUGCUAUGUAGCAUGGCCAGGUGGUCCAAAACAACAUUUUACGUAUCAUGUCAUUGUGAUUGUGCUGGUCUACUGCUUUCCACUGCUUGUCAUGGGCGUCACUUACUCCAUAGUGGGAAUUACCCUCUGGGGAGGAGAAAUACCAGGCGACACGUCCAACAAAUAUCACGAGCAGCUCAAAGCUAAGAGAAAGGUGGUAAAAAUGAUGAUUGUGGUUGUGCUGACAUUUGCCAUCUGCUGGCUGCCUUACCACAUUUACUUCAUAGUUACUGGGAUCUAUCAGCAAUUAAAUCGGUGGAAAUACAUUCAGCAAAUCUAUUUGGCCAGCUUUUGGCUUGCCAUGAGCUCUACCAUGUACAAUCCCAUUAUCUACUGUUGUCUUAAUAAGAGGUUCCGAGCUGGCUUCAAGCGAGCUUUCCGCUGGUGCCCCUUCAUUGAGGUGUCCAGCUAUGAUGAGCUGGAGCUCAAGGUAGCCAGGUUUCGUCCCACCCGGCAAAGCAGCUUAUUCGCUGUAUCCAGAAUGGAGUCCAGCAUGACAGUGGUGUUUGACACUAAUGAGGGAGACAACACCCAUGCCAGCCGUAAGAAAAGAGCAGCUCCCAGGGACACAAGUUUCAACGGCUGUUCACGGAGGAAUUCCAAGACCAUUUCUACAGCCUCAAGUCUCGUGAGUUCACUGCACACAGCAGUAGAUGAUUAUUCCUAAGCAUUUCAUGGUGACACUAGAAGGGCAGCACUGGACAAUGCUCUCCUACUUUGGGACUAGAUAUUCAUCCCACAGGAAAGCAAACAUAAUUCUGCUGACGAAUCCCAGCUAUAAAUAUUGUGAGACUUUUAGGUGUCACUUUUCUGCUUUGGAGAGAAAGAGGAACUUGAAGACAUAUGUAUGCGUUAACCUGAAAGCACAGUCGCACCUUAUACAAGGUAACAUUUGUUGUUAUCUAAAAAGCCAACAGCAUAAAAAACAUUUUCAGCAGUAUCUGACCCGUGGCAUUUAUGUUUCACUUUCUGAAAUAUAAUAUGUGCCUUUACUUACUGAAGCUGAAAUGUACAAUGUUUUCUAUUACGAGUGUAUUAAUUCUACAAUAACAAAAUUACGGAAGAUCUGGUUUAAAAAAUUCUUUAUAAUGAAGACUUAAUAAGCCCCAAGUCUACUCAAUUAUUUUACAAUUUAGCCCCAUUCCC